AUGAUCCAUAGAAUGAAGCUCCCGCGCGCUCAAGAGAUUGAUUUCGACCUCGAUCGAUACAUCAAUCGAUAUCUUCCCCAAUCCCAGCUUCAUCGCCUACCAUGGCCGAUCUCGCGGUUUCUAGGGUAUCGCCGUGUCCCGCAACCGGAAGUGGGCAAUCUGCUAGUCUGCGCAUGGGCAUUUGUCGGCGCGUUUAGCGGAUUGAUUCUGGUAAUGGGUGUCUUCAAGUCUUCCGAGACUAUCCAAGCGCAUCAUCCUCCGCUCGUUGUCGCUAGUCUGGGCGCAACGGCCAUCCUGGACUACCAAACGAUCCAGUCCCCGCUGGCUCAACCGCGCAGUUCCAUUCUAGGACAUGUACUUGGAGCGGUAGUCGGGGUUGGAGUCACCAAGCUAUUCAUGCUGCGGUCAGACUUUGAGGAUCUCCGCUGGGUCGCCGGGGCAGUCUGCACCGCUCUGGCGUCGGUAGUGAUGGGCCUGACGAACACCGUCCAUCCGCCCGGGGGAGCCACGGCGCUGCUGGCGGCGGUGGAUCCCACCGUCGACGCGAUGGGCUGGUUCUUCGUGCCGCUGGUGCUCAUCGGGUCGCUGCUGAUGCUGGGAUGCGCCUUGGUGGUUAAUAAUAUCCAGCGUCAGUUUCCUAUGUUCUGGUGGACGCCGCGGGAUGUGGGCCGGAAGAGGGGUCCGCCGGAUAUCGAGAAGACGUCGGACGUUCCUCAGGACAGUCGAGAACGACGGAUAAGCCGUGCGGUUGGGUUGCUACGGGAGAAUUCGAUUGUCAUCACGCCGGAUCAGGUGGUGAUUCCGGAUGGGUUUACGCUGGGGCUGGAGGAGAAGGGUAUUCUAGAGGUCUUGAGGGAUCGCUUGAGAGAUCCGGAUCAGUAUGAGGGCAGUGUUGGAGACAGCAGCAGUACUGAACGUUAG